AUGAAAGAAUCACGCAGUGAUGUUCAGUUCCACCUGGCGGCGCUCCGUGGUGACUGCCCGCGGCUGCGACAACUGCUCGACACCGGCAAAGUGCAUAUUGACUCACGGGAUCGAGAUGGUACAACUCCACUGAUCCUAUCGGCGGCUAUGGGUCAUACGGAGUGCGUUCGCGAACUGCUGGCGCAGGGCGCCGACCCCGCCUGUUGCAGGACGACAGGAACGUCGGCGUUGUUCUUCGCGGCGCAGGGUGGCUUCAUUGACAUCGCGCAGUUGUUGUUGGAGGCUGGAGCCUCUAUUGACGCACCCUCAUUGGAUGGUGGUACACCCCUGUUUGUGGCGUGUCAAUGCGGUCACCUUCCAGUCGUCGAAGAAUUAUUGCGGCGAGAAGCACGAGUAGAUGCCUGUAUGAAGGAUGGAGCGACGCCACUCUUCAUAGCAGCCCAGAAUGGUCACGAAGAAGUUUGUGAGAUGCUAUUAGCACAUGGUGCUAGAGUUGAUCUCGCACGUAUAGACCGCGCCACGCCGCUAUGGAUCGCUGCGCAGUGCGGACAUGCGCACGUGGCGCGUACGUUGCUCGCUCACGGCGCACGCGUUGACGUAUGCCGACAGGACGGGGCGACUCCCUUGUUUAAAGCAGCGCACAAAGGACACGUAGAAGUAGUUCAAGAGCUGCUCAAAUACAAUCCUAACCUUGGAUUACUGCCGAAUGGUGAGAGCGCGUUACACGGCGCGGCAAUGUUCGGUCAGCUGUCAUGUGUACGCGUAUUGUCAAGGCGAUGUGACUUCGCACUAAGGGACGCACGAGGUCUUACCGCACUGCAGGUCGCGGCUCACGCCGGGAAGAAAGACGUUGUUGCAUAUCUAUCACGGCUAAAUUCAUAA